CAGUAAAAAAAGACACGAAAACUAACCGGAAGCAUGGCCAAGCCUCUGACAGACCAGGACAAGAGGAAGCAGAUCUCGGUGCGGGGGCUGGCCGGGGUGGAAAACGUCGCGGACCUGAAAACUAAUUUCAACAGGCACCUCCACUUCACCCUGGUCAAGGACCGGAAUGUGGCCACCAAACGGGACUACUACUUCGCGCUGGCCAACACGGUGCGGGACUACCUGGUGGGCCGCUGGAUCCGGACCCAGCAGCACUACUAUGAGAAGGACCCCAAACGUGUCUACUACCUCUCUCUGGAGUUCUACAUGGGCCGGACUUUGCAGAACACCAUGGUGAACCUGGCCUUGGAGAACGCCUGUGAUGAGGCCACAUACCAGCUGGGUCUGGACAUGGAGGAGCUGCAGGACAUUGAGGAAGAUGCCGGUCUAGGCAACGGCGGGCUGGGCCGUCUGGCUGCUUGUUUCUUGGACUCCAUGGCCUCUCUGGGUCUGGCUGCUUAUGGAUACGGCAUCCGCUACGAGUUCGGCAUCUUCAAUCAAAAGAUUGUUGACGGCUGGCAGGUGGAAGAAGCUGACGACUGGCUGCGUUACGGUAACCCCUGGGAGAAGGCUCGCCCCGAGUACAUGCGCCCAGUCCACUUCUACGGACGAGUGGAACACACAGAGGAAGGAGUGAAGUGGGUCGACACACAGGUGGUUCUGGCUCUUCCCUAUGACACUCCAGUCCCUGGCUACAGAAACAACAUCGUCAACACCAUGAGACUUUGGUCUGCCAAGGCUCCCUGUGACUUUAACCUCAAAGACUUUAAUGUUGGUGGCUACAUUCAAGCCGUGCUGGACAGAAAUCUGGCUGAGAACAUCUCCAGGGUUCUCUACCCCAACGACAAUUUCUUUGAAGGGAAGGAGCUGCGUCUGAAGCAGGAGUACUUUGUCGUAGCUGCUACUCUUCAAGACAUCGUCCGUCGAUUCAAAGCCUCCAAGUUUGGCUCCACAGAGUUUGUGCGGCUCGACCUUUCUACACUGCCAGAAAAGGUGGCCAUCCAGCUGAAUGACACUCACCCUGCUCUGGCCAUCCCUGAGCUGAUGAGGAUCCUGGUGGACAUUGAGAAACUCUCUUGGGCGAAGGCGUGGGACAUCGUGGUUCAGACCUGUGCCUACACCAACCACACUGUCCUGCCUGAAGCCCUGGAGCGCUGGCCCGUCGACCUCUUCAAAAACCUGCUGCCUCGCCACCUGGAGAUCAUCUACGAGAUCAACAGGAGGCACCUGGAGCGGAUCGCCAAGCUUUACCCUGGAGAUGCUGACCGUCUGCGCCGAAUGUCCCUGAUUGAGGAAGGGGACAUGAAGAAAAUCAACAUGGCUCACCUUUGCAUCGUGGGAUCUCAUGCUGUCAACGGGGUGGCCCGCAUCCACUCUGAAAUCAUCAAGGACACUGUGUUCAAGGAUUUCUACGAGGUAGACCCUGAAAAGUUUCAGAACAAGACCAACGGCAUCACCCCCAGGCGCUGGCUGGUCAUGUGUAACCCUGGCCUGGCAGAGGUCAUCGCAGAGAGGAUUGGUGAGGACUACAUCCGUGACCUGGACCAGCUGAAGAAGCUUCUGGACUUUGUGGACGAUGACGCCUUCAUUCGAGAUGUUGCCAAAGUCAAACAGGAGAACAAGAUGAAGUUUGCUGCCCAUCUUGAAGAGCACUACAAAGUGAAGAUCAACCCCAACUCCAUGUUUGACGUCCAGGUGAAGAGGAUCCACGAGUACAAGAGACAGCUGCUCAACUGCCUGCACAUCAUCACGCUGUACAACCGAAUCAGGAAGGAACCCAACAAGUCAUGGACCCCAAGGACCAUCAUGAUUGGAGGAAAGGCGGCUCCAGGUUAUCACACUGCCAAGAUGAUCAUAAAGAUGAUCACUUCUAUUGGAGACAUUGUCAAUAAUGACCCUGUGGUGGGAGAUCGCCUCAAAGUCAUCUACCUGGAGAACUAUCGGGUCACUCUGGCUGAAAAGGUCAUCCCUGCAUCUGACCUGUCGGAGCAGAUCUCUACAGCAGGGACUGAGGCCUCUGGUACCGGGAACAUGAAGUUCAUGCUGAACGGAGCCCUCACCAUCGGCACCAUGGAUGGAGCCAAUGUGGAAAUGGCAGAGGAAGCUGGAGAGGAGAACCUCUUUAUCUUUGGCAUGAGGGUGCCUGAUGUAGAGGCUAUGGACAAGAAGGGCUAUGACGCUGCAUCGUACUACAACCGUAUCCCUGAGCUGAAGCAGGCCAUGGACCAGAUCUCUGGAGGCUUCUUCAGCCCCAGCCAGCCCGACCUCUUCAAAGACCUCGUCAACAUGCUGAUGCACCACGACAGGUUCAAGGUGUUUGCAGACUAUGAAGAAUACAUCAAAUGUCAAGAGAAAGUCAGCGCGCUGUACAAGGACCCUAAAGAGUGGACCAAGAUGGUGAUCCACAACAUCGCCGGCUGUGGGAAAUUCUCCAGUGACCGCACCAUUUCCCAGUAUGCCAGGGAGAUCUGGGGCAUGGAGCCCAGUUUGGAUAAGAUCGCUGCUCCAGAUGAUCCCCGCUAAACCACAUCUGCCUCCUCCACCUUACUGUAGCUCACCAUGUGGUCCAGCCACUGAAGAAAACCCCUGUAGCUUAUUCACUGUGUAGUGUGGCAUUAUUUCUUUACAUUAUUGACUCCUAUACAACCUCUAUUACUUCCAGGCCAUCUUGCAGUAACAUGUUUUGAAGUGCAGGAACUGUAUUCUGUAUUUUUCCUACUGUCCACCAGCAAUCAAUUUCCUCACUGUGUAAAAAACUUGUAUUUUUACGUCAGCCUUUCAGCCGUUGAAAUUCUGGGAUAUAUGGGAAGUUGGGAGUAAAAGCACUGAAAGAUGUACUUCCUCAUUUUGUUAUAGGGCUAAAAGUCUUCCAUUUUUACAAAGUUUAUUCAGCACUGAUGUUUGGACAUGCCAACACAUCAACCAGGAGCGAAAACCUUUGAAUGUGAUAACAAAAUCAGUGACUAUAUCUUUAACCAAACCACAGUACUUCCUAGUUAAACAGUUUGAUAACUCUGACUACAUUCCCCUUCUACUCCUGAACCCAUACGGCUACAACUCACAGCAUUUACACCAGUAAACCUCAGCACUGUUAAGGUUCCAAGCCACUGUGACUGGAUGGUGUGUCCAUAUCCACAUUCAUAUCAGUGUUUGGUAUACAAGACUCUCCGACAGCCCGCUCAGUGUUUCAUGCUGUUUGCUCAAUAUAUCCAUUUGUGUGUGUAUUAUCAGUGAUGGUCAUGAGCUCUGUGAUGCAGAUGUAUUGACCCAUCAGUUUACUUGUGAUCUCCUCAGCAUGUUUGUGUCUGUCUCAUUCUACUGUACUUCCUAAAGGUGACCUGUGUUAGGAACUAACAAAGCCUUCUUUGCCUAAAACCUAAGUGACUCAAUUAAUCCUUGGAAGAUGUGUGUACUCUGUAAUGUAGUCGUGUGUGCGUUUAACAUACCAUGAGUCCAUGACACUGUGGAUAUCAGCUUGAUGUACUGUAACAACGUGCUGUCCUGCUUCAGCUACUGCUACGUCUGACUGUGUGACUGCUGCGGUGCUGCCUGUAGGGACGGCAGAAACAACUGCUCACUACGCUGAAUCUAACAUUUCACUCAGUCAGUGCUUUUCUUUUCUAGUCAAUAAAUGAUAAAACUACAUCAA